AUGAAUUUCGUCGUAUCCCUAUUCGGUGGAAUGGAGGAGGUUCAACAAAAGUGGUUUUGCAACUGGGAGGUCGGUCGACGUUGCGCCGCUCUGGAAGCCCUUCAAAAUCUCCUUAUCCUUGGUCUCCAUAGCGAUUUCAACAUGAGCAGGGAGCUCGAGGAGUCUCUGAUUCACCUCGUGCAUCUUAUGUGCCGUUUUAGGGAAGUUCUUGUUCAACAGGUGAAAAGUAAUAUGGUGGAAUCGGGUGGGAAUGUGAGCAACUUCACACUCCUUGGUUGCCGUGAUAAAUUGGAGCACCUGGCGCUCUCCUUCUGCCGGUCCCUUCUUCCAGACUUAGUCGGUCGAGCGGAGUGGCUUUCUCGACUGCUUGAUUCCUCUCUUAUCGACACGCUGUGUUCUUCGGUGCGUGGAGAAUGGCUUUCCUUCCUGCAUGAUCUCUUGUCCUCUCAGUGUCGUGGUUACGCCAAUCACCCAGCCACCUGGAAAACUCGGUUGUGGUCGGAGGUGUUGCCACACUUCCUCUCGCGUGCUUGCACCAACUCCUCUUGGGCGAAAGAGGCUGUUGAAGUGGCUCAACUUUUUACGCUUCUGGCUCAUGCACCGUCGUCAAAUCUGUCGCUAUGGGACCUACUUUCCCGUUUCGUCUUCAAGACAGAUUUAUCAUUCUCAUUUCGUAGACUUUAUCUUCGGCGUUUUUUCAACGAUUCCGUUUCGCUGAAAUGCCUUCUGUGCACCCAAAUCACUGCAGUGAAUGUGGAACAGGCUUGGCAGUUCUACGUCACCUGGUUGACCUAUCGACUCAUUGACGGUGCCGAUGAUUGUGGAGGUGUUCCCUCCCUACGUGUGAUAGGGUGUGAAUUGCCCGACGGAGUACUCACUCUGGUGGAUACUGGAGAUGCGGAGAUUUCACUGCUUCGACUGUGUCAAAGAUUUGAGGCAGUGAAGGCCCUUAGGCAGCCCUUUGAAAUGGUAUCUCUCCGUAUUCGCGAGAUGAUUACAACGGUUUCUUGUGGGCUUGACUGCAACGAUGAAGGAAUAGCUACCUUUCAGGAACGCAUGGCCUUCAAGUCAGAUACUCUUCGUCGACUAACUCCACUAGCUCAACUAUUAACUUCCAUGAUGGAGCGUUUCCUCACCACUUCCACACCUUCAGAGAGCGAAAUCACCACAGCCUAUCGAGCAAGUGCUUCUCUUUUCCAAGUUGCCUCUGCUCUUCUCUAUUCUCCGGACGGCGUCUUUACUCACCUCUUCGAUACCUUUUUGUUGCCGCCUUGGCGACGACUGACGAAGGAGUCUUUGGUCAAAAGAACUACUGUUCAGAGCUGUGUGGCGGAAAAUUUGCCAGCAUUCCUUCGUGGAAUUGCACAACUGAACUUCCUCAAGGACCCCUUCAUCGUUAGGAUGCUGCGUGAACUCCUUCGAACUGUCUUUUUUUCUGUGGGAACCAAUCACGUCGCGUCUGCUGUACAAAUGAGCGACCUGGCCUCUUACAGAGCACAUGUGCUGAAGGUUUUGGCACAAGAAUUCAUCUCCCACCUGGAAGAACCAUCUAACGGAUGGAGUGAGAACGCGAAAAUGUGGAUGAAAUUCUUCGAAGAAAUGGAUGCGCGGACGAUGACUUUGGGCCAGUGGCUGAGAGAUGCUCCGUACCUCCUUUGGCCAGUGGCAGAGCUACUAGCUGGCGAGAGGAACGCGAAAUCUUCCACGUCCCUUAACAACCGCUGUGUCAGUGCUUUUAACACUUUUACUACAAGGUGGAAGAACGUGGAUUCUGCUACGGACGACGGUGGUGAUAGCGGAACUCUAAGAAAGGACGUCAUCACCAGCUUCCGCACCGUCUACCAAUUGACAACCAAACCAUCAACUGCCUGCGUCUUCAACAAACACUUGAAGAAGUGUGAUCUUUGGUGA